AUGACCAGUUUCAUGCUCCUGCUUCAUGAUGUGGUCUCAAUUUUGGGAUCAAAGUUAGAGGACUAUAGCAGGAAUUUGCGAGCCGAUGCAGAUCAGUCAGUCCAUUUGGGUACAAUGUUCCAUGCCGAAAUUCGAGCUAUCGUCGAGUUGAUCAAAAUCCGACUCGGCCGGGUCCCACCGGUUAGCACAAUUGACCGGCAGAGUGGGUCAGAUUGA